AUGGCAGCCAACAACCACACAGCUGUGGUGGAGUUUGUCCUGCAGGGUUUCUCUGGAGACCCUUGGCUCCAGGUUCUCUUCUCAGCCUUCUUUCUCCUCCUCUACCUCAUGGCUCUGGCAGGAAAUGUCAUCAUUGUCAUGGCCAUUGGCCUGAAUCCAAGCCUUCAUACCCCAAUGUACUUCUUCCUCACAAACCUGGCCUUUCUGGACAUCCUUUGCACAUCCACUGUCCUCCCCAAGCUGCUGGAGGGCCUGGUGGCCACCCGGAGCACCAUGUCCUAUGGGGGCUGCAUGGCCCAGCUUUUCUUUCUGACCUGGUUUCUGGGGGCUGAGCUGCUGCUGCUCACAGCCAUGGCCUAUGACCGCUAUGUGGCCAUCUGCCAGCCACUGCACUACCACACGCUGAUGAGCUGGCCCAUCUGCAUCCUGCUGGCAGGCGGUGUGUGGGUGGUCAGUGUGGUGAGCACAUCUGUACACACAGGCCUGAUGGCACGACUCUAUUUCUGUGGUCCCAAUCAGAUCCACCACUUUCUAUGUGAAGUCCCCACGCUGCUGCUACUGUCCUGCAGUCCAACUAUGCUGAACAAUGUCAUGAUUGUCAUCGCAGAUGUCUACUUCGGCGUGGUCAACUUCUUGCUCACCAUGCUGUCCUAUGGCUGCAUCAUCGCCAGCAUCGUGCGCAUGCGUUCAGCCGCUGGCAAACGCAAAGCCUUCUCCACCUGCUCCUCCCACCUGCUAGUGGUCACGCUGUACUACUCCACCGUCAUCUACACCUACAUCCUCCCAGGUUCUGGCUCCUCCUCAGAAAAUGGCAAGGUGGUUGCUCUGCUGUACACAGUGGUCAGCCCCACCCUGAACCCUCUCAUCUACUCCCUGAGAAACAAGGAUGUCAACAUGGCCCUGGGGAGGGUGUUUGCCUGCACCUGGUAG